ACUUCCGGGCUGCCGGAAAGGGGGCGGUACGCGGCGCUGUGCGCAUGCGCCCUGCUCUACGGUGGCCUGGAGGCGGCGGCGGUGAGGCCCAAAGUGAGCGGCCCGGGGCGGGCUGGAUGCCCGCGGGCAGCGCGGUGCUCACUCGGGCUGCUCGGACACUCGGGCUCGGCUGCCCCAGGGCGCUGCUUUGCUGGCCGAGGCCCUGGUCGUGCUGCGCUGCCCUGCCUGCCUCCCGGUGCCGGCUGCCGGUGAGUGGGGCUGCCCGCUGUGUGCACGUGAAGCCGGGCGGCGGUGCUGCGCGUGUCCUCAUCCCUCUGCCUGUGCACACGUGGCUGUGCCGGGCCAGCACGGCGGCGGGGGAUAUGGCUGAGCAGAGGUACUGCGUGGACUACGCCAAGCGCGGCACGGCCGGCUGCAAGAAGUGCAAGGAGAAGAUCGUGAAGGGGAUGGUGCGCAUCGGGAAGAUCGUUCCCAACCCGUUCACGGAGUCUGGCGGGGACAUGAAGGAGUGGUACCACGUCAAGUGCAUGUUUGAGAAGCUGGAGAAGGCUCGGGCCAGCACCAAGAAAAUUGAGGACAUCACGGAUUUGGAAGGGUGGGAAGAGCUGCAGGAUGGAGAGAAAGAACUCAUCACCAACUUCAUCUCAGAAGCUACGUCCAAGGCUGCAAGUACACCGAAGAAAAAAGCAACAGUUCAGGCUAAGCUCACUGCCACUGGACAAAUAAGCAGUCCCCAGAAAGAUCCAUUGGCUAAUGUCAAUCCAAAGAAGUUCUCUGGCUUCACAGCCAAGCCCAAGAAUUCUGAAGAGGUGUCUGCAAACUCUUCCCAUAACUCCAGUCUGUCUGCAAAGAAUUGUGAUCCGAAGCACAAAGACUGCUUGCUGCGAGAGUUCAGGAAGCUCUGUGCCAUGGUUGCUGACAAGCCCAGUUACAAUGUGAAAACACAGAUCAUCCAGGACUUCCUGAAGAAGGGAAGUGGAGGAGAUGGUUUUCAUGGUGACGUAUACCUGACCAUUAAGCUACUCUUACCAGGCAUCAUUAAAAUUGUUUACAACUUGAAUGAUAAGCAGAUUGUAAAGCUGUUCAGCAGAAUUUUUAACUGCAGCCAAGAAGAAAUGGUCCGAGACCUGGAACAGGGAGACGUUUCUGAGACAAUACGCCUCUUCUUUGAGCAGAGCAAAUCUUGUCCUCCAGCAGCCAAAAGCCUCCUGACCAUCCAAGAGGUAGAUGAGUUUCUCAUCCAGCUAUCUAAGCUUACUAAGGAAGAUGACCAGCAAAGUGUGCUGCAAGAUAUCACUCGCAGAUGUACGGGCAAUGACCUGAAAUGCAUCAUCAGGCUAAUUAAGCAUGACUUGAAAAUGAACGCUGGCGCAAAGCAUGUGUUGGAUGCUUUGGAUCCAAAUGCUUACGAGGCAUUCAAAGCAUCACGCAACCUCCAGGACGUGGUGGAGCGAGUCCUGAGGAACCAGCAGGACGCUGAGAAGACGCCAGGCGUGAAGCGCACGCUCAGCGUGCAGGCCUCUCUGAUGACCCCAGUUCAGCCUAUGCUGGCUGAAGCAUGCAAGUCAAUAGAGUAUGCCAUGAAGAAGUGCCCCAAUGGCAUGUAUGCAGAGAUUAAAUACGAUGGUGAGAGGGUGCAGGUCCAUAAAAACGGAGAUCACUUCAGUUACUUCAGCCGGAGCCUCAAACCUGUCCUUCCCCACAAAGUAGCCCACUUUAAGGACUUCAUCCCCCAGGCUUUCCCUGGUGGGCACAGUAUGAUCCUGGAUUCAGAAGUUCUUCUAAUUGAUAAUAAAACUGGCAAGCCGCUUCCUUUUGGAUCUCUUGGUGUACAUAAGAAAGCUGCUUUCCAAGAUGCCAACGUUUGCUUAUUUGUAUUUGACUGCAUCUAUUUCAACGACAUCAGCCUGAUGGACAGGCCUCUGCGUGAGCGUCGUAAAUUUCUCCAUGAUAACAUGGUUGAAAUCCCCAACCGGAUCCUGUUCUCGGAGAUGAAGCACGUCACAAAAGCUUCAGAUCUGGCAGAUAUGAUCACCCGAGUCAUCCGUGAGGGACUGGAAGGACUGGUGUUGAAAGAUAUAAAGGGUAAUUAUGAACCAGGAAAGCGGCACUGGCUGAAAGUGAAAAAGGACUACCUAAAUGAGGGUGCAAUGGCUGACACAGCUGACUUGGUGGUGCUGGGAGCUUUCUAUGGGAAAGGCAGUAAAGGUGGGAUGAUGUCCAUCUUCCUCAUGGGCUGCUAUGACCCCACGAGCGAGAAGUGGUGUACUGUGACCAAGUGUGCUGGUGGCCACGACGAUGCCACCUUGGCCCGUCUGCAAACAGAGCUGGAUAUGGUGAAGAUCAGCAAGGAUCCUAGUAAAAUUCCAAGCUGGCUGAAAAUUAACAAAAUCUACUACCCAGACUUCAUUGUCCCAGAUCCAAAGAAAGCCCCAGUGUGGGAGAUUACAGGGGCUGAGUUCUCCAAAGCUGAAGCUCACACUGCAGAUGGGAUCUCCAUUCGCUUCCCUCGCUGCACUCGCAUUCGAGAUGACAAAGACUGGAAGACAGCCACCAACCUCCCGCAGCUGAAGGAGCUGUACCAACUCUCCAAAGAAAAGGCUGAGUUCAGCGUUGUUGCUGGGGAGGAGGAGGAGUCCACAGCUGGCAGCAGUGGAGAGAAUGAGGGAAAUUCCAGGUCUUCCACACCACACAAGACUACUAAAACUCCCCCUAAGUCCCCUGCAAAAGCCAAGAAACCAGAAGGCACCAAAGCAGUCACCGAAUCCCCUCAAAAGCCAGAGGAGAAACGAGGAGAGAAGCGAAAAGCAUCUGAGGUAGAAGACAAUGGAAAGAAGAUGCUGCUGGACAUAUUCACUGGUGUGAAGCUCUACUUGUCACCCUCUGUGAAGGACUUCAACAAAAUCCGGCGCUACUUCAUAGCGUACGAUGGUGAUCUCGUGACAGAGUAUGACACAGCCUCAGCAACACACAUUAUUGGGGACAUUGAUGAGAAUCCUGGUGCUAAGCGGGUGUCUCCCAAAUGGAUCUGGGAAUGCAUCCGGAAACGGAGACUGGUGGCCCCAUGCUAGCAGGCAGGGCAGCUGACUGCUCUCAACACUGCUACACUUCAGGAACUCCCUGAGGGGAACAGCUGAGAAGUAGGUAGGUGAAAGAAAAGGGUGAGACUCCUCUGUGGGGAUGUGGAUAGAGGUACCGUGCCCAAGAUCCAUCAGAGGUAGUUACAACUAUCCAUAGCAGCUAUAUGGAAUGAAUUAAAAUAGCUCUCUGAAGGAUGUCACUGCUGUCUCUGUUUUUCUGCCCAUAGUGUAGACCAACACCCUUAUCUAGGUGCUGGUUUCAUCUCGGUGGGUUUUUAAAGUUUGGGUAUUUUUAUAAAUAAAUAAAAAAAACUGAAGCAGUUUC